GUGAGGGGGCCGGGCCUGCUUGGGGCUGUGGCCGCCAGCGACACCGGUGCCGGUAGUGGCAGCAAGGCCCCAAGACCGGCAGCGGGGCCUCUCGGGAAGCGGCGGCAGCAACCCAGAACUGCGGGGCCGGAGCGGCGGCGCGGCGUGGGCGCGGGAGGCAUGCCGCCGCCCACGGACGUGGUGAAGAUCGCGAUCCAGAUGGUGGGAGCCAUCCCGCAGCUCAUCGAGCUGCACCAGACCAAGCCCCUGGCCUCGGUGCUCAAGGACGUCUGCGACGCGUGGAGCCUGCCCAACGCCGAGCGCUACGCCCUGCAGUACGCGGACGGGCGGCAGACCUACAUCACCGAGACGAACCGCAGGGAGAUUAAGAACGGAAGCAUUCUGCGGCUGACCACCUCCCCGGGCCAAGAAGCAGAGCAGUUGUACAGCAAGAUCCAGAGCAACAACCUGGAUGUGAAGGCAGACUCGCUGAAGAAGCUUGCAAGCCUCUCCCAGGACAUUACCUUUGCUCAGGAGUUUAUCAACAGGAAUGGCUUGAAACAGAUCUUCUCUAUUGUGGAAGAAGGCAAGGAUACAGGUGAGAUACUGGCUCACACCCUCAAGGCCUUCAUGGAGCUGAUGGAGCAUGAUUUUGUUUCCUGGGAGACUCUUAGUUCAGCCUUCAUCAAGAAGGUGGUGAGUUAUGCCAACACCAGUGCAGUGGAUGCCUCCAUCCAGCAGCUCUCCCUGUCCAUCCUGGAGAACAUGGUGCCCACCAGUCGCCAUCUCUUUGACCUAGUCAAAAAAGAGGUGACACUGGAUCACCUCCUCACUCACCUGCAGGUGACAAGCACCCAGCUGCAGCUGAAGGCCAUGGCCCUGCUCACUGCACUGCUGCUGGCUGCCACCAACACUGAACGGCGGUGUCACCCCCGAGGCUGCUGGUUCCUUUCUGUCCCCACCUUACCCAGCUUAGCAGGGGGCAGACACACAGGACACUGCAAAGGUAAGAGAGUUCCGGGACAGAGUGGUGUGUGGGGAUGGAGAACCUCUCACAGCCUCUUCCCUUCCCAGGACAUGAUGGAGUAUCUGAGGGAGAAGAACAUCAGGCAAUUUAUCCACAAGAACAUCAUCCACGGCGCGGAGCCGCCGGGGGACGAGAUGGCUCACCACCUGUACGUGCUGCAGGCCGCCGGGCUCGGCCUCUGCGAGCCGCGCAUGAGAGCCUGCAUGGACCCCUGCUCCCAGGAGCAGCGGGAGCAGCUGCAGGCGCUGCGCCUGGCGGCUUUCGAGGCGGACGGCGAGAUCCCGGGAGGCGGCCCCGGCCCCGGCCCCGGCCCCGAGCGGCGCCGCUCGCUCUGCGCGCAGCAGUUCCGCAAGUUGGGCUUCACGAACAACACCAACCCAGAGGAAGAUCUCCGCCGGGCGCCCCCCGGACUGCUGGCCCUGGACUGCAUGGUCUACUUCUCCAGGCACAGCCCCAACGCGUACAGCAGGUUUGUCCUGGAGAACAGCAGACGGGAGGACAGACAUGAGUGUCCCUUCGCCCGGAGCAGCAUCCAGCUCACGCUGAUCCUCUGCGAGCUCCUGCGCCUCGGAGAGCCUUACUCAGAGACUGCUCAGGACUUUUACCCUAUGUUCUUCGGGCAGGAUCACUUCUUUGAAGAGCUCUUCUGCAUUUGCAUCCAGCUGGUGAAUAAGACCUGGAAGGAGAUGAGAGCCACCCAGGAGGACUUUGACAAGGUGCUGCAGGUGGUGCGGGAGCAGAUCAGCAGGACCCUGUCCCUGAAGCCCACCUCGCUGGAGCUGUUCAAGAGCAGAGUGAACACCCUGAGCUACAGCGAGAUCCUGCGGCUGCGGCAGACCGAGCGGCUGCACCAGGAGGAGACGCUGCCUGUGCCUGUGCUGGAGCUGCGCGAGAGGCUGAAGCCUGAGCUCCUGGAGCUGGUCUGCCAGCAGCGCCUCCAGCACCUGUGCCAGGGUACCCUCUUCAGGAAGAUCAGCACCCGCCGAAGGCAGGACAAGCUCUGGUACUGCCGCCUGUCCCCCAACCACAAGGUGCUGCACUAUGGGGACAUGGAGGAGGGGAUGUCUGCCCCCCCCAUCGAGAGCCUGCCUGAGAAAAUUCCUGUGGCAGACAUGAAGAUGCUGCUGGUAGGGAAGGAGUGUCUGCACCCCAAGGAGAAGAGCUCUGGGAAGCAGAACAAGGAUGUCCUGGAGCUGACCUUCUCCAUCGUCUACGACGUGGAGGAGUACUGCCUGCACUUCAUCGCCCCCACCCGCUACGAGUUCUGCCUCUGGACCGACGGGCUGAACGUGCUGCUGGGCAGGGAGAUGAGGAGCGAGCGGGCACAGAGCGACCUCGAUGUCCUGCUCUCCAUGGAGCUCAAGCUGCAGCUUCUGGACCUAGAGAACAUCAGCAUCCCUGACGCUCCCCCUCCCGUCCCAAAGCCCCCCAGCAACUUAGAUUUCUGGUACGACUUCAGCCACGCAGAGGAGUGAGGUCCUCCCUGCGCCCUGUGCCCUGCCUGCACUCCUCAAAACCAACCCUCCAGACUCUGACCCCCAACUCCUGUCUGAAGGGAUGAGCCCAGGCAUUGCCUGCACCUUGGCCAUCCCCGGGGGCACUGCCCACCCUGCUUUGCCCAUGUCCUGCCCUCCUGCCAGAGUGUGGGGCUGAGCCAUGGAACGUCAGGCUCCUGUUGCAGAGGGGUGCAGAGCAAAAUACUCUCCAGACAGCUGAACCCUGCUGUGGUGGCACUGACCCUGUCCAUGGUUGGAAAGUGGAGCAGGACAGAGUUAGAUUGGGCAUCAGCAGGGAGUGGGUGAGGGUGGGGAGAGACUGGCACAGGCUGCUCAGAGAGGUCCUUGAGGCUCGAUCCCUGGAGACAUUCAGGAUCAGCCCUGGGCAGCCUGCUCUGGAUGUAGGUGUCCCUGCUGCCUGCAGGGGGUUGGACAAGAUGCUCUCGGAGGGUCCCUUCCAGCCCAAUGUAAUCUCUGAUCCCUGCAGCCAGAUUUUGAGCAGAGAGGGCAAGGGUGUGGGCAGGGAUGAAAGUAUGGGCAGUCCUGGAACAGCUAGGGGCAGCACUGCUAAGGUGCUGCCUGGCUCUCCCUGCUAGCACAGGGGAUCCUUUCUGGUCAAGAGAGGGUUACAAAGGGCUAAACCACUCCUUUCUGCUGGGUUUGGCAAGGGUGCAGCAUCUCUGGAGCUGCUGUGCCAGCCUGGCCAGGCCCCUGUCUCUCUGCUGUGCUUGCAGGGUGCAAUCCUCCCCCUUGGGCGCCUUCCCUGGCACAGCUCAGCCAUGCUGCUGCACUGCUGCACCUCCACCAGCUACCUCCUCCCCGUGUCCC